AUUCUAACCAAAUCGUACACCAAGUUCAUUGGAAACCCUUCGUCGAUCCGUCUCCCACUCUGCAACGGCAAUUGGAGCCAAAGCCUCGUCACCCUUGGACCUGAUUCUGCGCGCAGGAAAAUAACCUAGGGUUUCGCCGUCGUUUAUUCAGCAACCGGGGAGGGGAUCCAGGUCAGGCGAAGAUGGGGAAACGCAAGGUGUUGAACAAGGAUUACCCGCCGGACUUCGAUCCGGCCAAAACCCCUCGCCGGAAGCAACCCAAGAAUCAGCAGAUUAAAGUUCAGAUGAUGCUUCCGAUGAGCAUCCGCUGCAACACCUGCGGCACCUACAUUUAUAAGGGUACGAAGUUCAAUUCACGAAAAGAGGACGUCAUUGGAGAGACAUAUUUGGGGAUCCAACUAUUUAGAUUCUACUUCAAGUGCUCAAGAUGCUCAGCUGAGAUAACAUUCAAGACAGAUCCUCAAAACUCUGAUUACACCGUUGAAUCCGGUGCUUCCCGUAAUUUUGAGCCUUGGCGUGAUGAGGAUGAGAGGAAAUUUGCCGCAGAGACUUUAGCGAAGGUGGAAAAAGCAACAGACUAUUUAACCAAAACUACUGGCACCGAUUAUGCUAAAGAUGGACCAGGGGUACCUCUUCCGGCCUAUCCACCGGUUCCACUUGUAGUACAAGCUCCAGUGGUUCCGCUAGUUCCCGCGGCGAUUCCUACUCAUCCUAUUGAUAUGGUUGCGGCACGAACUCGGAUCCCAGCUUUGGCAGAGUCGAUGAAGAGCAGAUUCACACUAUUUCGCGGGGCGACUGAUCCGAGCGUAGCUCAGUCUUGGAUAGAGAAUUUGGAGCGGACUUUCUUCUAUAUGACUUGCUCUGAGUGGGAGAAGGCAGAGCUAGCUGCUUACCAUUUACGGGAUGAUGCCGACAUCUGGUGGGAUAUGCAGCGCUCGAUUAUAGGCGAGCAACACAUCACUUGGGUGAAAUUUAGAGAGGCUUUUGAGAGCCAGUAUGUUCCACGGUCAUAUCAGAUGACAUGCCGACAGGAUUUUCUGAGUCUUCGGCAGAACAACCGUACGGUGACAGAAUACAAUGCCGAAUUUAAUCGGUUGGCCAGAUUUUGUCCAGAGUUAGUUGUUGAGGACAGGUCUCGUAUGCUUCAGUUUGUCCAGGGACUGGAUGGACAUCUGCAAGUAAAUAUUGCUGGUUUUGGUAAUUUAUCUUAUAUAGAGACAUUGGAUAGAGUCCUUAUGAUUGAGGCGGCUCAACAGAGAGUGAAUGCAGAUAAGAAAAAGAAGCAGACAGAUCGGACUUCAGGACAGACCCAGCAGCCACAGGCUACCAGACAGCAGCAGAGUGGUCACAGUCAGUCAGGUCAGGGUACUUUUGGGGCAUCUGGCCGACCUCAGAAAUCAAGGCGGACUUCCUCAGGACGUUUCCGGUCAUCUCAGCAGAACCAGAAACAGUCCUCUAGUGACAUGCAUUGCACACAAUGUGGAUCCAAAGAUCACAUCACAUCAGCCUGCUCCCUGGGACAGUCAGUUUGUUAUUAUUGUAAACUGCCUGGGCACAUGAGCCGAGAUUGCUUACUGAAGACUCAGCAUGUGGCUUCCGUGAUUUCUAUUCAGGGAGGACAGUUCAGUCAGACAGGGACUCAGCGAGGGGGGCAGAAAGCCCAAUCUUCGCAUCGUCCGCAGAGGACAGCCCCUCCGGCAGUAGCUCCAUAUGGCAUGCACGGACAGGAGCUUUCUAGUGCUCACACGGUAUCGCAGGGUUCUGUUUCGGGACCUCAGUAUCAGUCGCAGCCUCAGCUACUGGUGCAGUAUCAGUUGCAGCCCCAGCCACUGGUCCAGUACCAGUCGCAACCUCAGCCACUAGUCCAGUAUCAGCUGCAGCCACAGUCACUAGCUCAGUACCCGAGGCAACCCCAGCCACCGGUCCCAUAUCAGUUGCAGCCCUCAUAUCCAUCUCUGGCUCAGUAUCCAGCACCGCCUCAGUGGCAGGCUCAGACUUCGGCUCAGGCGCAGCAACCUCUGGCAAUGCUACCACCUCCACCCCCGCCAGAGACUGGACGAAUUUAUGCGGUUACCAGAGAGGAUGCACAGCGGGCCAACAGAUCAGUUUUUCACGAUAUUGUUCCAUAUGCUGGAAAGUCAUGAAUAGUCCACAUCACAGCAGCAUGCAAUCGAAAUACUUGUUCAGUCGAUGCAUCAUAUGCUUCCACCCUAUCAUCCCAUAGCUCCUUCAGUUCGUUGAUCAAAGGUCGUAAGUAUACAUCUAUCUCUUUCCCAGGUGAUUUAGUCCCAGGAAUUAAAAGAGACAAUCAAAUAUGAUGACUUCAUCAUUUUUCAUGGUGACAAAUUAUAAUUCACAAGUAUAACAGGCCACAUACUAUAAGCAUUUGACAUAUUUCCAAAUGGAUUAAAACCGUUUGUAGCCAACCCUAAGUGAAUAUUUCGUAGAUCACUAGCAAAUAUUUCAUGUGAUGUGUCAAAUUCUUUCCAUGAUUCACUAUCUGCUGAAUGCCUUAAUACACCAUCUGUUUCAACCCGUUUUUCUUUAUGCCAUCUCAUAUCUUUUGCUGUAUGUUUCGUAAUAAACAACUGCUUAAGUCUGGGCUUCAAAGGAAAAUAUCGAAGAGUUUUCUGAGCAUUCUUUUUCUUAUUCAUCCCAUUAUACUUGUUUCUAGGCUCCUUGCACGCCGGACAUGUAUCCUUAUUCUCAUGCACACCUCAAAAUAAUAUACAAUCAUUCUUACUUGCAUGUAUCUUCUCAUAUGUCAAUCUUAACUCUUUUAACAUUUUCUUUGCUUCAUAAUGAGAGUUUGGAAUCGUAUUCGGUUUGGGAAAUGCCUCUUGCAAUAACUGAAGUAACAUAUCAAAAGAUUUAUUGCUUCAACCAUUUAACACCUUCACAUUCAUUAACUUAACCAAAAAAUUGAAUACAGAAAAAUUAGUACAAGUGUGAUACAACUCUUUUUGUGCUUCUUUAAACAUUGAGCUAUAACUUCCUCUAAUAUUUUCUGCAUUCAUGUUUUCAUUAAUAUCAUCUAAUUGAGGCCCAAUGGUAUUGAUAUUUUCUGCAUUUCUUAAAUCAGUGAACAUGUCUUGAAAAUCAUCUUCUUCAAAAUCACAAUCAAGUCCCUCUUCAUUAACAAUAUUUAUAUUAACAGAUGAUGUAGAAGCCUCACCAUGAAAAUUCCAGACUUUGUAUAAUUUGUCAAAUCCCCACCUAUAAAGAUGUCCUUGAACAUAAUCCAACUCAUAUUUAAAUAAAUUACCGCACCUUCGACAUGGACAAUGAAUAUUAGAUAAAUUUAAAUUUAUCAUAUAAUUCUCUGUCACCUUUAAAAACUGAUUUUACCCAUUUAUAUAUUCAGGACUAAUCCGAUUCUCAAGCAUUAUCCAACUUUUAUCUAUAUUUAUAAAACCUGGUUAAACAUAUAAAAAAUCAUAUUAUUUAAUAAAUAGCUCUAAUAAAUAAGUUUGAUGAUAAAUUUCAAUGAAAUUAAUAAGCAACUUACAUUAAAUAACUUAAAUUAAUUAAUGACAUCAAAAUAACUAAAAAAUUAUCAACUACAUAGCUUCCAUGAGAAGUUCAAGAGUAAUUUGGUUAAACAUGAUCCAUCGAGGCAAAAUAAGUACGUAUCUCUUGUUCUUCAAAAUAAAUACAUAUCUCAACGGGAAACAUGAAUUUGGUUAUAGCAUGUUGAAGUUAUUUUGAUGCUUGAUAUGUACUCUUACUAUAAGCGAGAGCUAUUGGAACAAAAAACUGAGGAUGGGAAGGGAUUGCGUAUAGUGUGUAUAGGUUUCAAUGGAAUUUAAAAUUUCCAUUAUAUCCUCUGGUUAUCAAAAACCGUUAUCUUAAUUUUGGGGCAUUUCUGACUUUCAAUCUCAGCCAUUAAGAAAAUCCAUUGGUCUAGCAAAUUGGGAAACUCAUGUGGUUGAAUGACAACCUAUCUGGAUCAACCAAAUAAACUAGGUCCCCUUGGCUUUUGGGUAAUUUCAAAACUAUAACAGAACCCAACCAACCAGAGGAGCGGUUUUGAUUUUUCAGGUCAGACUAGCAAAGUCAAUUCAGUUCUGGCUUUUGAUAACUAUGUGAGAAAGUACUGCAAAAAUGUUUCUAAAAUUGUCUAUGUGAGAAAGUACUGCAAAAAAUAGUUUUCUACUGCAGAAUUUUCCAUGGUAUUAUUCAUGAUAUCCAUUUGUUGGUUCAAUUCAGAAUUUCUAAAAUUAAGUUCUGUUUUUGUGAAUGUGAAUUCAGCAUUAAAUUAUUUUUGCUGGGAAAAAGCACAAAAUAUCACAGAAC